AUGAGAUCCAUCGGGUUGCUCGGCGACGCCCCCACUAUACCCGUUUUCAGUAUGAUGCCGACGGAUCUUCUACCUUCAUCCUUUUUUCCUAAGCGCAAGCGAGAGCCUUCAGAAUCAGACUGCUAUAGCCCAUCGGCAUCGCCCACGUCGACGAUCUCUGUCUCCAGUUUCCAAGAUAUUCCUCUUCGGGACGAGGACGAGCAGGAGAGUUCCAGUCCUCGCGCUGCAGUGGUUGGACGUUUCGGAGAGCUAGCCAUCCGUAGCGACCUUUUCUCGGACUUUGCAACCUCGAGCGGCGACUCACAGCGGGGAUCUGUUACUCGACCGGCACAGGAAACAUGCGACUCUGACGCCCACAGACCAAAGAAUAUGUCCGAAGCUCUACCGGCUAGCGGCGAGUCCAGUGACCGCCAAGCCAUGGGAUGCGAACCGCCCGCGACCCAGGGACCUUCGGUUUCUUUUCCUACUUCCCCUGCAAAAAGGAAAACUGCAAAUUUUGCGCGCAAGCAGUCGAAUUCCCCAUCACCAUCAAAGCGCAAGCAACGGCUAUCACCCCCUCUUGCGCACACACCAGAAGAAGAUCCGCUUGUGUGGCAUGACUCGGAAAUAACAGGGCACAAUCCGUCCGAUCCAGCUGACGAUGGUUAUGGGAUCAAUGGCAUAGGUUUCAAGCCGACUGCAUCAAUUGCAUGGGAAAGGUCUCAAAAGCGACAAAAGCAAGUCGCAGAAUGGAAGAACCGCGAAGCCCGGGAAGCUCGCGAGAAAAGGCGUGAAAGGAGGAGAGAGGGCGCCGAGGCCGACAAAUUGCGUGGAAUACAUCAAGGCGCAGUCCAGAAGCGAGUGAAAUUCGACUUCUAG